AUGUCACCCAAGCCAACAAUAGCCAUCGCCGGCCUGGCCAUCGAAACCUCCACUUUCUCCCCCGCCCGCACCCAAGCCGCCGCCUUCCAUGCACGCCGCGGAGACGCCGAAGUCACCGCCUACCACGCCGCCGUCCUAGGCCCAAACACCCCGCUCUCGACAGCUGCCCACUGGCGCGGCGCCCUGAUCGGCCACGCCCUUCCUGGCGGGCAGGUCACGCGAGAGGCCUUCGAUUCCCUCGCGACAGAGAUGGUGGCGCGGCUGGAGGCCAUCGACACCACCCCAGACGGGCUCUGGUUCGACAUCCACGGGGCAAUGUGCGUGGAAGGGCUGGACGAUGCCGAGGCGGAGCUCCUGCGGCGGGUAAGAAAGGCGGUGGGGGCUGGCUGCCUCGUGAGCGCCAGCAUGGACCUCCACGGCAACGUGUCGCGAGAGCUGGCGCACGCGUGUGACCUGCUCACGUGCUACCGGACGGCGCCGCACGUGGAUGUGGUCGAGACACGGGUGCGGGCGUGUGAGAAUCUAUUGGCUGUGCUAGAGAAGAAGAAGACGACCAAGAAACGGCCUCUCAAAGCGUGGGUGCCCGUGCCGAUCCUGUUACCGGGCGAGCAGACGAGCACACGGGACGAGCCCGCCGCGUCCAUCUACGCCGCCGUUCCAGGCGUGGCGGAGGGGACGGCGGGCGUGCUGGACGCGGCGAUCUGGGUUGGGUAUGCUUGGGCUGAUGAGCCGCGGAACCGAGCGGCAGUGGUGGUUACGGGAUGGGAGAAGGAGGCCGUGGCGGCAGGUGCAGAGAAGCUGGCGCGGCUGUUCUGGGAGAACCGAAAGGGUUUCCAUUUUGUGGCGCCGACGGGUAGCUUUGGAGAGUGUCUUGCUACGGCGCUGGAGAGGAUCCAGGACGAGAAGAAGAGGCCCUUCUUCAUCAGCGACUCGGGUGACAACCCCACCGCAGGCGGGAGCGGCGAUGUCACCUGGGGGCUGACUCGUCUCCUGGAGCGGGAGGAUUUCAAGAAGGAGGAUGGGCCAGUGGUUAUCUACGCAAGUGUGCCUGGUCCAGAGGCAAUAGACGUCGCUGUCGAGGCGGGAGUGGGCGCAGUGGUGACAGUCACGGCCGGGGCAAUGGUGGACGAUAUCCAUGCAGGACCGCUGACGAUGACGGGUCGUGUGCACAGCAUCAAGCACGGGGACAAGGACGCGGUGACCGAGGUGGUGCUGCAGGUGGGCAGCGUGCACGCCAUCCUGACCAAAUUACGCAAGCCAUAUCACAAAGAGAAGGACUUUACGGACCUCGACCUGCGGCCCAGGGAGGCUGCUAUCGUGAUUGUCAAGAUUGGCUAUCUCGAGCCAGAGCUGUACGACAUGUCUAACGACUGGAUGCUGGGCCUCACGCCUGGAGGCGUAGAUCAGGACCUUGAGAGGCUGGGCCACGCGAGGAUCCGUAGGCCAAUGUGGCCGUUUGACAAGGAUGCCGAGCGGGAGCCAGACCUCACGGCGAGGUGGAUUCCCAUGUCUGAUGAGCCACUGGAAGGGCCUGAUGAGUAG